AUGAAGAUCCUAUCGUGGAACUGUCGUGGGCUUGGGAACCUACAGACAGUACGGGUUUUGAAAAAACUCAUCCACUCAAAAGAUCCCGACGUGGUGUUCCUUAUGGAGACUAAGUUGUAUACAUCAGAGGCUCUUCAACAUAGAGGGCGAGGGAAUUCUAGAGCAGGUGGCUUAUGCCUAUGGUGGCGUAGUGAUCUUCAAUUGGAAAUUAUUAAUGCAUCAUUGCACCAUAUUUUGUGCACUAUUUUGCACCCUGAUGAGGCAAUCCCUAUGACAAUGGUUGGCCUUUAUGGUUAUCCGGAGGAGGGUAGGAAAAUAGAGACAUGGAACCUUAUAAAAAAUUUGGUGCCCCAGGACCCGAGGGCAUGUGUGGUGAUCGGAGACUUUAAUGAUAUCCUCUCCCCCUUUGAUAAAUUGGGUGGGGACCCUCCCGACUUGGGACAUAUUCAGUGGGUUAAUCAGAUGUGUAGAGACUGUGGCUUGUUUGAGGUGGAGUUCUCAGGGAAGCGGUUCACUUGGUCUAAUAAUCGAACCGCUCCGGGAACUAUUGAAGAGAGGCUUGAUUUAGCUUUGGUUAAUGAUGAAUGGACUGCACUUUGGCCAGUCACAUCUAUUGUGCAUUUCCAGCGGCACCAGUCCGACCAUAGCCCCAUCUUAUUAACGUGUGGUACCAGUAGAGGGCGAAAAGAACUCAAACGAACGCGUAUGUUCCGAUUUGAAGAGUUAUGGCUUCAGGAGGGAGAAGAGUGUGCAGAGGUUGUAACUGAAUCAUGGUGCACAGGGGAAACAGAUUUUCUUGCCAGAAUUGCAGCUGUAAGUAGUGCUCUUAAUGGUUGGAGCAGAUCCAAGUUUGGAAACCUACCCAGGAAAAUAGCUGAUCAGCAAGCCUUGUUGCAAAACCUUCAGGGGAAAAUCCAAACCGAGCAAGUGAGGUUGGCAACUAGUGAGGCAUCAAAAGAGUUAGACAACUUGUUGGAGCAGGAGGAGAUCUGGUGGGGUCAGAGGUCAAGAGCCACAUGGCUGAAACAUGGGGACAAAAACUCAAAAUUUUUCCAUCAGAAAGCGUCCCAAAGGCGUAAGAGGAAUAUGAUUGAACAACUCAGAGAUGAUCGAGGAAGGAAAUUUGAAGAGGAUAAGGAUAUUUCUAGGAUUGUCACUAAGACAAUUGCAAAUAGGCUAAAAUUGAUUCUGCCGGAUCUUAUUAGUGAAAAUCAGAGUGCGUUUGUCCCAGGGCGUUUAAUAACUGAUAAUGCGUUGAUUGCCUAUGAAUGUUUUCACUAUAUGAAGAAGAAAGUUACUGGCCGCAAUGGCACUAUGGCGCUAAAAUUGGACAUGUCCAAAGCGUAUGACCGUAUUGAAUGGUCUUUUCUUGAGUCAGUUUUAAAACAGAUGGGUUUUCCUGCGAGCUGGGUAAGUCUUAUUAUGAACUGUGUGACAUCAGUGUCUUUUUCUAUCAUGUUAAACGGAAACCCUCAGCCUAGGUUUGAGCCACACAGGGGACUUAGACAAGGGGACCCUCUAUCUCCUUAUUUAUUUAUCCUGUGUGGGGAAGUUUUCUCGGCUCUAAUUGAAAAAUCUAUUCUUUCAUCUGACCUCACUGGCCUUAAAAUUAGUAGGCAUGCUCCUGCCAUUUCUCAUUUGCUUUUUGCAGAUGACAGUGUCUUGUUUGCUCGAGCAAGAGUUGAGCAGGCCCUGUGCCUGAAAAAAAUCCUCACCAUCUAUGAGAGAGCUUCUGGCCAGAUGAUUAACCUUGACAAAUCUAUGCUUUCUGUAAGCCGAAAUGUACCUGAUAAUUGUUUUCAUGAGCUUAAGCAGCUGUUGAAUGUAAAGGCGGUGGAAAGCUAUGACAAGUAUUUGGGAUUACCGACCAUCAUUGGUAAGUCUAAAUCUCGAAUCUUUCAUUUUGUCAAGGAUAGAGUUUGGAAAAAGCUUAAAGGAUGGAAAGAGAAAUUUUUAUCACGAGCAGGGAGGGAAGUUUUGAUUAAAUCUGUAGUGCAAGCGAUACCUUCUUAUGUCAUGUCUUGCUUUAUUUUACCUGAUGGUUUAUGUACAGAUAUUGACCGCAUGGUCUCAAAAUUUUUCUGGGGCGGAGAUCCGUCUAGACAAGGUCUACAUUGGACUAAAUGGGAGACCCUAUGCAAGAAUAAAACAGAUGGUGGCUUGGGAUUUAAAGACUUUAAAUCUUUCAAUUUGGCUUUGGUGGCAAAAAAUUGGUGGCGUAUUUAUACGAAACCAGAGAGCCUUUUGGCGCGUAUUUUCAAGGCGAUAUAUUUUAAUAACUGUGAUUUGAGGUUGGCUAAAAAGGGUUUUCGCCCUAGCUAUGCAUGGUCUAGUAUCAUGAAAACCAGUUGGAUUUUUGAUAGUGGGGGUAUGUGGAGGAUUGGGGAUGGAACCCAAGUAAAUCUAUGGACUGAUAAAUGGUUGCCUAGUGGGUCCUCCCCUAUCUAUAGGCAAGACCUUGCUGUAGAACUAGCUCUAUCUAAGGUGGCCAAUUUAAUUAACCACGAGCAACACAGCUGGAAGAGAGACUUGAUAGAAUAUGUUUUCAGUCCAAGCACAGCUGAGGAAAUUAUUUCAAUCCCUUUGAGCACAAAUGGGGGCCCGGAUGUGCUGUUUUGGCCCACAGAUUCGAGGGGUCAAUACACUUCCAAGGCAGGUUACAACUUCCUAAUGAACCAAGCGUCCCGUGCAGCUCCUUCAUCAUCCUCAUCUGUCUUGUUCACAGCGGGGUUCUGGAAAGGCUUCUGGGCAUCCACGGCCUUACCACGAUGCAAGGAAGUGAGUUGGCGAGCGGUUUCUGGUUAUCUUCCUUUGAGGGCGAAGCUGUUUCGGCGCCAUGUCGAUGUCGACCCAGGCUGUAAUAUAUGUGCUGAAGAGAAUGAGACAGAGGAGCACCUUUUUCUGCAUUGUCCAGCGGCUCGUCAGGUCUGGUUUGCAUCCCCUCUGUCUCUCCGCGUUGAUAAUUUUCUCACAUUUGCAGAUUUUUGGAGACACAUUCAUGAGCUUCAUGAUAGUGAAGCGAUGGCUCUAGUCCAGACAACUAUAUACAUGAUGUGGGAGGCCCGCAAUCACCACCAGUUCCGGCAACGACCUUCUUCAACGGAGCUCAUCCUCCGGCGAGUAGCUAGUGUGCAGGCGGAGGUGCGUGUUGGUGCAUCAGCUCCAGCUACGAUAGAGAGAAAUGUGGCUUGGCGUGGACCUGCUCGUGGAACUUAUAAGUGCAAUUUUGAUGCUUCAUUCGUUGAUGGGGGAGCAGCCGGUUUGGGUAUGGUGGUUCGCAAUCACAGAGGUGAGGUGAUGGCCUCCGCGUGCUCCUAUCCAGUUCAUGUUACCACUCCUCUUCUGGCUGAAGCAAUGGCCAUGCGGUGGUCCUUACAGCUCGCUAUUGAUUUGGGUUUCCGUCGGAUUUCUCUGGAGACAGAUUGCCUGCAGUUGUUUAACCACUGGCAUGCAAAGGAGGAUGGUCGGUCGUAUUUGAGCUCCAUUAUUAAUGAUUGUCGUUUAUUGAGUCAUGCUUUUGAUUUAGUUUCUGUUAUGUUUGUUCGCCGUACGGGCAAUACUGUUGCGGAUUUUUUGGCUAAGAACUCGGAAGCUUAUACCGAUACGGUAUGGGUGGAAGAGGUCCCUUUAGCCGCCGCACCGCUUAUUGAUGCUGAUGUAAUGAACCUGUUGCCGACUGGCUUUUAA